AUGCCAAUCCAAGCGAAACAAGUUGAAGCCAAAGACGUCCAAGUGAAAAUUCUUGGGCUACUCGGAGACCAAAAAGGCCGGGAUUUCGACGACAAUUCCACCGGCGACGAUCAAUGGGAGGAGGACAAUGAGUCUGGCGGUGCGGUCGAUGCGCCACCGGCACAACCAGGCCAUGAAGACAACGGCUACAUCGAAGUCAGCGAGAGCGAUGACAACGAUGAUGAUGACAGUAGUGACGACAGCGACCAACACGACGAUGAGGAUGAUCGCCGCCUCCAAAACGAACCUAGGGACAAGAAGGGUCACUUCUUCUCUAGCCGGAUUUCGAAGUUACCCAUGUCCACAUUGUUGCGUGAAAGCCGCGACCAAUCUCAAUUGGUUGAAUAA